GGAUGCUGUUUUGUGAAAAAGUCAGCGUGGGAGAUUCGACAUCAGCGGUAUGCAUUCUGCCAUGGAUGUGCCUUACUCUUUGCAAACCCGUUGCUCAAGCAUUUUCGUUUUUUCCACCUCGACAUUAGUUUUUCAUUGAGGGUAGCUCGUCAUGUUUGCCGCCAGUGGCAGGCGGUCUGUGCCAGAGCAUGUUGUUGGUCAUGCACCCGGCCAUCAGAACUACUGCAGCUAUGUCGUCCCAGCCACUCAAGCUAUGUCCUCUAGAUCCAUCGGUGGUGGCCCAGCACCAGCUCAAGUCACCGUUAGACGGGCUGUAUCGCCGAAGUGGGUGACCGUCACACCAGAAGGUGCUACUUCUCUUGGAGGAGUUAAGGGUCCUCUCCUCUCAGUGCGGCAACCCUGCAGGUCAGCCGACAGCCGCGGGAGACCCUCUGUCUCCCGAAGCGCUUCAGCUGAGCUACCUUCGGGUUGCAAGACUCCAGUGAUCCCAGGCACGCCUGCCACUCAGACCAGGGAGGUGAAUUCGAAGCGUGCCCGUACGCCAGAUCCUGUGCAGGCAUUUCAGGAGGGACAGCAGGUUGUUGUUGCUGUCUCGCCUGUCGUUGCCAAGCGUACUAUAGGUGGCCAAAGCCCGCAGGCACCAACGAGGAUGAUCAAGAGUUCCGGUAGUUGUCCCGGCAUUUUGCCUGCUGUUGCAGAAGACGAACCCUACAAGGUGCGCCAUGGGGAUGUAGACCUGAAUCGCUUGCAGUGGCUUGAAAACGAACUGGAGAUGUUCAAAGGCAAGAUGUUGGAGAUGAGGAGUGCCGCAGACACAUUGAGCAAAGAGGUUCGUGUUUCGUGCCGAAGCCCUGCUCCCAGAGGUGGCGACUCUCUCAGCACCACUGACACCUCAACACCUGAAGAGAAGGUCCUUGAAUCUAUAAAGCACGUCCUGCGAGAGGAGGAGUGUGACAGGUCUCAGAAGGGACAGAAAGAACUGAUGGAGGAAGUUCGCCAACUUCGUCAAGCGUUGAGGUUGGAAAGUGAGGCUCGCACGCAGCUGAGUUCGAAAAUGGAGGUAGUGCUUACGGAGAAAAGAGCCAACGAGUCGAUCCGGUCACAGUUGGCUUCAGUUGAGAAGGAACAACCAGAUGUGAGAGGUGAAGGCAUGGCAGCGAAGCAGGCCCAAAAAGCAGUGAAGGAAUUUGUGCAGCUGCGAGAGCGUUUCCACCAAGAGAUGACAGAGCAAAAGGCAGAGAUUGGCAACGCCAUUGGAGAUUUGUCCAGGUUGAUUGAUCGGGCCCGCUGCUGUGGACUGAGUGGAGAAAUGGAACCUUCCAGUGAGUUGAAGGAGUCAGAGAGGCAGUCCAUUGCUGCCCGCUGCAGCCAACUUGAAGUGGCCCUUAAGGAGGAGGUCGCUUCUCGAAAGAAGGACACCGAGAAGCUGCACAAGCUUCUGGAGGAGCACCAGCAGUGCCAAAUGGAAGCCUUUCAACGCUUUGAGCGUGGCUUUACGUCCCAGCUGCAAGCUGCGAUAUCAGAGGCGAGAGAGGCAAAACUGAAGUGUGCGGAAGAAGCGCAGCUUUGGCAACGGCACCUUGCAGAGGAGACGAAGGACAGAGAGGAUACGGCAAUGAAGAUCCUUGAGUUGCUCAAGAAAGCUGUAGAAGACCGAAUGGCCAGUGACCUGAAGCACUGGAAGCAGCUGUUCGCCGAUCAGCAAGCGAAGAUCGAAGAAGCGGCUCAUGGCCAUGAUCUGGGACUCGCCAAAUUUGUCGAGAAGUACACCAAGGAUUUGUCUGAGUUGCGUGAGGAGAUUAAAGAGGUCUGCUGGAAUCUGUCGCAGCCUGCUGAAGGUAUGACAUCCGUGGAGAUUGAGGAGCUCCGCACCCUAAUGGCAACAGAACGGGUGGCGCGUGAGCAAGAUGUUGAUCGCUGCAUGGGCAGCAUCCAAGACUUGUUCGAGGAGCAGAAAAGACGUGGUCAUGAAAUUCAAGCUUUGGAGCAACGUUUGAAGGAGAGUGAGGUUGCUCUCAAAUCAUCUCCGACUUCCUCCACAGUCAGCAGCAGAGGUUCUGGUUUUGAACCAGCGACUGCCGGUCAUGAUCCUCCACAGACGCAUUCUGCAUCUUGAUACGAAGAUGACCUGUUCUAAGCAGGUCAGUGGCUUGAUUUGCGUCAAGUUCUCGUGGAAGCGAACAGGACAGCGGGUUCCUUCAAUUCGCCAAAGCAAUGUCACAACCAUUUGGUCAGCCAUCAUGUGGCAGAUUCUUUUAUUAUCUUAGAUUCAUUGGACUUACAGGUGAUCAGGUAGUUGAAAGAACCACACAGUAAGAACCAGUACCUGUUGCACGCCUGCCACAUGACGGGAGGCCAGAUUUUUCGAACGGCAGUCAUUCUUUAUGACUCGCCAUUGUCAGGUGCUCUGCCGACAAGCAGUUGCCAUUGACUUGUUUAUCAAUCUGCCUUCAUCGCAAACUUGUCAACUUUGUCCAGCCUGGGACAGUUUCACCUGGUUUUGGCAGCUCUUGACUGCCGGCUUGCCGGGCGGCCUGCCGAUUGUCUUGAAAGAAACACUGGACGUAUUCUCAUAGUUCUUCA